AUGGAUGGUACGGGCUGCCAAAUCUGGAAUACUGACCCUACCAUUGAUCUUACCGGCAACAUGACGUCUUCUCAUAGUCCAAUAACUAUACAUAUUCGUGUAAAAGCUCUGCCACCGGUUGAGAGAGUCCAAGAGAUCGAAAAAGCGGCAACUUGGCUUGUUGUUGUGGUAUCAGUGUUCCUAAUGAUAUCUGUGGUCUGUUUUAUCAUCUAUCUUGUUUUCAGGAAAUAUAAAAUAAAAUUAACUGUCUUAUUUCGCCGAAUGUUCAACUUUUUAUGGAGAAAAGUCAUUCCACAAAUCACUGUUUACAUACGGAGUAGGCUUCAAACAAUGAGGGUUGGUUCAACAAUAGACCAAGAAAUGCUCCUACGUGAAUUGGGAAUUGAUAGGAGAGGCCGGCACAGGAGAAGUGCAAGGAAGAAUGAUAAUGAGCUUCAGAUUUUUAGCUUUGAAAGUGUAGCCUUGGCAACAGAUUACUUCUCUGAUGCAAACAAGCUCGGUGAAGGAGGUUUUGGUCCUGUAUAUAAGGGGAGGUUAAUACAUUGGGAAGAAGUGGCUAUCAAGAGACUAUCUAUAGCCUCAGGGCAAGGAUUAGUGGAGUUCAAGAACGAAGCUAUGCUUAUUGCAAAACUCCAACACACAAAUCUUGUGAAGUUGAUAGGUUGCUGCAUUGAGAAGGAUGAGAAAAUGUUGAUUUAUGAAUACAUGCCCAACAAGAGCCUUGACUACAUCCUCUUUGACCCUUUGGGAAAAAAUGUUCUAGAUUGGACGCUGCGGUUCAGGAUCAUGGAAGGGAUCAUCCAAGGGCUGUUGUACCUUCACAAGUACUCAAGAUUGAAAGUGAUACACAGAGACAUCAAAGCCAGCAACAUUUUGCUGGACGAGGAUAUGAAUCCCAAAAUAUCUGAUUUUGGUAUGGCUAGGAUAUUUGGAGCUCAAGAAUCAAGAGCCAACACCAGACGAGUUGCUGGCACAUUUGGCUAUAUGUCUCCAGAGUACUUCAGAGAAGGACUAUUCUCAGCUAAGUCAGAUGUGUUCAGCUUUGGGGUUCUGAUGCUUGAAAUCAUUUGUGGAAGGAAGAACAACAGCUUUCACCAUGACUCAGAAGGGCCUCUGAAUCUCAUAGUUCAUGCGUGGAAUCUGUUUAAAGAAAACAGAAUUGGCGAGGUGAUAGAUCAGUCUUUGGGAGAUUCUGCCCUUGACAACCCUCAAAUGUUGAGAUGCGUUCAAGUUGCGCUCUUGUGUGUGCAAGAAAACGCAGAGGAUAGACCAAGCAUGUUAGAUGUUGUGUCCAUGAUAUACAGCAAUAAUGCUCUUUCUUUACCCAAAGAGCCAGCUUUCUAUGAUGGUCCUCGGAGAAGCUCGCCGGAGAUGGAGCUUGAGCUACCGGAGCCAGGAAAUGGAUCGGAUAAUAGGGUUACCAUCACUGUGAUGGAAGCAAGGUGAGCUGAUGGUGGAAUAAAAACAAAAAUGAUCGCAUUUGAGUCUCUUGUUAAGACUGAUCAUACAGUAUUUAAUCAUUUGUUGAGACCCCAAAUUAAAACAGAGUUAAGGG